AUGAUGAUGUUCAAAGAGUUACUCACCAAGCCUCAGUUCAUCAUUAACUUCAUUACCACCAUGGAACUUCAGAAGUCAUUCACCAUCAAAGACAAAGUCAGGGUGGCUUCAUUGCUGGUCACCAUCUACCAUGAUAAGUUGGACUACUUGACCAGGAUAUUAAAAGUGUUGCUGACGAACCUAAUCAGCAGGUCAGUAGCAAGUGGCCAGCCUAAGUUGAUGUUCAGGAGGACUGAAUCAGUGGUUGAGAAGUUGCUGAGUUACUGGCUGUCCAUCUGCCUCUACCCACACCUUAGAUUGCAGGUAGGCAGCUGUAUGUUCAUGCUCUACAAAGCCAUCAAGUAUCAAGUGUACAAAGGACCAGUGGACAGCCUGACGCAUGAGGCCAGGUACUCCCUGUCCGAGGACAAGUUGUUGAGGGAGAAGGUGGAAGCAUCCAAUGUUACGGUUUACGUGGUGAGGAACGCCAGCACCCAUCUCGAGCCAAUCACAUGCAAGCUACUAGAUUGUGAUACCAUCAGCCAAUCAAAAUUGAAGAUACUCGACGCUAUUUAUAGAAACACGCCUCAUUCUCAUAAACCCUCAGUUGAUGACGUCGACCUUGAAUGGCUGCGUGAUGAAGUGAGUAGGAUAGUGAUGAGGGACGAUGACGUCACAGUGAUGACGAUGACGAAGAAGGGAUGGAGGCAGGUAAAUACAUUGAGGCAUUACAACGUGAAGGAUGGCGCUUUGAUGCAGCUGGUUCCCAGAGUGGCCAUGAUGAUGGCGACCGACAACCACAAAACAUUCAGCGGUUACAAAGAUCAGACCAGUUCGCACAACACCAUCACAAGCAACAACAUCAACAAUAACAUCAACAACAACAACAUCAGCAGCAACAACAACAACAACAACGGUACCAUAGGGAACCACUUUAAACUGCCUCACUCUCUCAUGUCACUCUCCAGAGAUGCUGAUGAGAAGGGGGAGGAAAAAGAUGAUGAUAAUGAUUAUAAAGUGUAUCAUCUCACAAAUCCUCUACUGGAUAACCAGCCAAACAACGUUCGACAAAAAGUCAUGUCCGAGGUCUAUCUGACUCGCCUGCUGGCUACCAAGUGUACAUUGCAGCAAUAUGUUGAUGAUUUGUUCAAAUCCAUUUUGUCCAUCAAC